AUGCACGUAAGAGUGUUGUUGGCACCUGAGAUCUUUGAUGGAACAUCUAAGGAAGAUGAUUUCGUACCAUACCGGCUGGUACCAUUGGCAUUUUCCAUUCCGGUAGUAGUUGGAGAUGCUAACAACAUCAGGUGCCUAGAGGGGGAGAGACAAGCGCUCCUUGAGUUCAAAAAAGGCCUCGUUGACGAUUAUGGCAAGCUAUCUUCAUGGCGGAGUGAAGAUGAACAUAAGAAUUGUUGCAACUGGGAAGGAGUUCACUGCGACAAUCAAACAGGCCAUGUACUUGAGCUUGAGGUUCAUGAUUUGCGAGGUAUGAUUAGUCCUUCAAUACUUGAGUUGCCUUAUUUGACUUCUCUUGAUCUCAGUGGUAAUGAUUUUAAUCAAAGCCAUAUCCCAAAGUUCAUUUGUUCUCUUAGUAACUUAACAUACCUCGAUCUCUCUUUGGCCAAUCUCAAUGGUUCAUUUCCAGAUCAACUUGGAAACCUUUCGCAUUUGCAACAACUCUAUCUUAAUAGAAAUGAUUUGAAAAUUAAUGAAAAUCUCGAAUGGCUCUCUCAUCUAUCUUCAUUAGAAUACCUUGACCUUAGCCACACAAAUCUCAGAGCUGCCAAUGAUUGGCUGGAAGUUGAGUCAUCUCCCAAAUUUAAAAAGCUUGGUCUUGUCGACAUCAUUCCAAAAUUCUUGGGGGAUAUAUGUUCUUUACGUGAAUUGUAUUUGUCGAACAUCACUCUCAAAGGACAACUGGUUGACCUUCUCAAUAAUUUGCCUGGAUGUGCAAAGGACUCAUUAGAGAUUUUGAGUUUACCAUCUAAUCAAAUUUCAGGGUUGUGGCCCAAUAAUUUUGGAAUAUUAUUUCCGUUGUUAAAAGAAAUUAAUCUUCGACAUAACAAUAUAAGUGGGACUGUCCCCAAAACCAUUGGAAACCUAUAUAACCUCAACUAUUUGGCUGUCACUUCAAAUUGUUUGCGGGGCGUGAUCUCUGAAGCCUUUUUCUCAAAUCUUUCCAAAUUAAAGUAUUUAGACUUAUCCAAGAAUUCCCUCACUUUGGAAUUCAGCUCCCAGUGGGUUCCCACUUUCCAAUUGAAUUUCAUAAUCUUAUGCUCUUUCAAGUUAGGGCCUAGAUUUCCAAAUUGGAUCCAAACUCAAACGAAAAUCAUCAUGCUUGAUAUCUCCGAUGCUCAAAUUUCAGAUACCAUUCCGGCAGAGUGGUUCACAGACCUGCCUCCUACAUUAGCAUAUUUAAAUCUUUCUUGCAACCAAAUAUAUGGACGGUUACCAAAUAUGUUAACAAAGUUUGUGAAUGAUGGUCUUGCAAUUGAUUUGAGUGCAAACCAGAUAAGGGGUCAAUUACCACUUUUUCCCACUAAAGUCAUGAUGUUGAAUCUCUCUAAAAAUCGGUUUUCAGGGACAAUUUCGUCUCUUUGUAAAAUCAGCAGUGGGUUCUUGAGUUACCUAGACUUAUCUGAGAACCGUUUAUCUGGACAACUUCCUAAUUGUUUUAUGCAUUGGCGUAAGCUGCUUGAAACAUUGAGUCUGAGUAACAAUAGUUUCUAUGGAGAUUUACCCUUGCCCAUGAAAAAUUGUAGUUCGUUGAGUUUUGUAGACUUGGGAAACAAUAGAUUCUUUGGACAAGUACCAGCUUGGAUUGGGGAGAGCCUGCCACUGUUAAAUAUUCUUAUCCUACAUUCCAAUAAUCUCAAUGGAAGUAUACCAUUGCAUAUGUGUUGGUUGAAAGAUUUACAUAUCUUGGAUCUCUCCCUAAAUGAUAUAUCUGGAACUAUUCCACAAUGCCUCAACAAUUUCACUGCCAUGACUCAGAUUGGGAACUCUUCCAGUGAUAUCUUUCAUAGAUAUUACUUUAAAUUUGUUGAUAAUAUGUAUACUAAUAUAACUUUUUAUUAUGAAAGAGAAUUUGUUGAUAAUGCGAGGCUUAUGUUGAAAAGAAGGGAGUAUAAGUAUGAUAAAAUUCUUGGAUUAUUAAAGAUCAUUGACCUUUCAAGCAACAAAUUGAUUGGAAAACUUCCAGAUGAAAUCUCAAGUCUUUUGCAAUUGGUUGGACUAAAUGUUUCGAGAAACAAAUUAGUUGGAGAAAUCCCUCAAACAAUCGGUCAAAUGAAGCAGUUACAAUCACUUGAUUUAUCAAGGAAUCAGUUCUCAAGCAAAAUCCCAUCUAGCAUGUCAGAGUUAAACUUUCUGAGCGACAUCGACCUAUCAUACAACAACUUAUCUGGGAAAAUUCCUACAAGCACUCAACUCCAAAGCUUUAAAGCAUCUGAUUUUAUUGGAAACCCGACACUUUGUGGGCCUCCGCUUAUACAGAAAUGUCCAGGUGAAGAAGUACCAAACCAAAGUCACCAAGCUCAUUAUGGCAAUAAAGAUGAUGAAGAUGAAUUUGGAAAAUGGUUUUAUGUCGGAACAGGAUUUGGAUUUGCUAUAAGUUUUUGGGGUGUUUGUGGUUCUCUGUUGUUGAACCGUUCGUGGAGACAUGCCUAUUUCUUAUUAUUGGACAACAUGAAGAAUUGGCUCUACGUAACAACGGCAGUGAACAUAGCAAGGUUGCGGAGGAAUUUUCAGAGGCAAUGAUGACCCCUUUGUGGUGGUUAG